AUGGACGACGUCGGGGAGCUGAAGCGAACUAUCGACUCCCUCAAGAAAGAGCGAGACGACCUUAAGGCCCAGCUCAGACAGGCCACCGUCGAGCUUGCUGUGCUCCGCGGCCAAGUCCAAAGAGCCAUUUCCAUCCUUACACCGUCCAUCGCGACCCACACCCCAGCUCACGGCACCGCCAGCCAGGGGUCGUCGCGGAUCAACGAGCAGCUUCUCUUGAGCCACGACCGAUCCUUCAGCAGCGGCGAAAUCGGCCCGGCCUCGCUGCAGCGCACACCUUCCACAGGAAAUCAGCCCAUUGCCAAGACAGCCAGCAUCGAGAGCUUCAGUAUGUUCACCGAAGUAAGCAAGCCCGUGACCCGACCCCCAAGACGAGCCCUUCGACCGACCCUCACCACGUUGAUCCGACGGAGCUCCAUCGACACUCCGACCGCCCCAAGUCUCAGCCGGAGGCUCUCUGACCAAAAAGGUCAAGAAUCGAUCAAGAAGGUGUCCGACGUCCCUCUGUCCCCCGGCGUAGCCGCCGGCAUCUCGGGCUCACCACAGAUGACAGGCUCUGGAGCGGUCCGGCAGCAAUCCAGCGGCGAGGUUGUUCCAGGGUCGGCGUCCGAGCUCCUUUCGGCCUUCCCUGCCUUCAAGGGCUUCCCGCAAACGGUCCUCAACGAACUUGCUGCCAAGGGAAAGCCCCUCUCUGCGGGCUGUGGGGACUUUAUCGUCAAAUUCGGCACCUUGGCUAAAGAGAUGUACUUUGUGGUCGAGGGCCAGGUCGGAAUCCAGAGUCAGAAGGGAAACAGCAUCGGCUCCCUUGGCGAAGACGAGUUCUUUGGAGAGCUGGGCCUGGUCAACCAGACUCGCACGGCCAACAUUGUCGCCAAGACCAACUGCCAGUUGUUAGUGCUGACCCGCGAAUCGAUCGACCAAGUGCUUGCCCCUCACCCCGACCUGAAAAAGCAGGUCGUGGACAAGAUCGACGAGAAGCUCUCCUGGCUUAAAAACCAGGAGACCACCAAUGCUUUCUCGAAGGAGUUUGGAGGAGAGUUUCUGGCUGAUCUUGCCCGAAAGGAUCUCGGCAAACUCCUGGUCCUGUCCGAAGUGGAGCCGACGUUUAUUGAGCAGCUCGUCAUGACGAUCGUACCCGAAGUAUACGAUCCCGGCAAGAACGUCAUCAACAUUGGCGAUGAGUCCGACGCCAUAUUCUUCCUCCUCAAGGGCUCGGUCGAGGUUAUUGGCCCCCAGGGCGCGGUCCAUGCUGUCAUGGUCGAAGGAGCAUUCUUUGGCGAGGUCGGGCUCUUCCACAACAUCAAGCGAACAGCGUCAAUUCGGGCCAAGGAGCAGUGUCUUGUCCUCAAGAUGAUGAAGUCGAGUCUGGAGCAGGUUCUGACGCUCUAUCCGGAGGUCAAGAAGCAGAUCGCCCGUGUGGCAGCCGAGCGCUACAGCCUCCUGAAGGAGCGUGGAGAGACUGGCGAGUCCCGCGAGCAAUUCGAUGUUGAAAUCUCGUUGCAGGCGCUGAAGCAGAUCGAAAUCUUCCUGCACGUUCAAGACGAAGUUUUGAGCGAGCUCGGAAUGUGGAUGAACCGACGAAGCUGGAAGUCUGGAGAUUAUAUCCUCCGAUGCGGCGAGCACGGCGAUUCGAUGCACUUCCUGGCAGCAGGGAACGUCGACGUCCUGUCCGAGUUUGGCCAAACCAUCGACACCGCUUCGGGCCCCAACGCCUAUUUUGGUGAAGUGGCAAUUCUGGAGGAAGUUCCCAGGACUGCCUCGGUGCUGGCAAAGUCGGACUGCUCGACGUACGAGCUGCGAAAGGAGGACGUUCUCAGGAUGAUAUCAAAGUAUCCACAGAUCGGCGAGUCCAUCGCCGAGAUAGCCAAGUCGAGAAUGCAGGCGUACUUGAUGCGGAGCAUUUUGGCGUAACCGGCGCGGGAACAGGCCAGAGGAUGGGAAAGGGUGGAGGAGGCGGUCUGUGGAUGAACAGUCACAAGGAAUCAGCAGCGGCGACGCUCUGUACGCGCUGGCAUCCUCCAUCCACAACCUGAGCAAGGUGUCCACUUGGCCUCAAUACCAUCAUUAUCAUAAUUGUCAUCAUCAUCACCACCAUCAUCGUCACCGGAAUGAUCGCUUUGGUACU